AUGUCUUGUUCGACAGAAAUAGUGAACGGUCCGAUUCCAAAAAAUUUUCUGAGCGACACGUCGAAGCGACUAGACUCGCUGCUUUUCAAAGAUGGCUGUCUUCAAGUUCUGGGUUUGUUUUCUUGAACGGGAAUAAUACUGGUUUGAAUCGAGAACAGACCAAUUGCUACUGCCGCACAGUUUUGAGUAUAUCGACAUCCGAGGAGUAGAAGACGCUUUCAAAGUUAUCAAGUCUAUGCAGGUCUGUUUCUAAUUUUUUUUUUCUCAAAAGACGAGUUUUAGGUCCGUGGUGCUCCACUGAUAGCAACGGUCGGAUGUCUGGGACUUUUCGUCGAGUUGGAGUCAGGAAAGGACAUCGAAAAAGACGGGCAAGAUUUCAGGAAACAAGUUCUCAAGAAAGUCUUUUUUUUUUCUUUCUCAUCUCAGACCAUAAUAUCACUCUUAGAUCGAAUAUUUAAUCUCCUCGAGACCAACUGCCGUCGAUCUUCGAAACGCCUUGAACUCAGUUAUUCCUCUUCUUGAGAAAGAAGAAGAUUUGAAAACCCUAGCAGAAAAGUGAAAGAACAUUUACGAAAUUCAUUUUUGAAACUAAUUAGGAUCAAAAAGCGACUUCUGGAAGUUUACGAAAAGGAAACUGUCGAAAAUCGCCAACUCGUAUGGAACGCCUACCAAGAAGUUUAUUUGGUUCUGAACUCAAUAUUCUAUUACAAUAGUUACAGGUCGUUUCUGCGCAUCCUGGAAAAGAGAAAUUAAAAGUGAUGACGAUUUGCAAUACCGGAUCUUUGGCCACAUGCUCUUGGGGUACAGCGCUAGGUAGACAUUUCAAUAACCAGAAUAUUUCCACUGACAUAGCAGAGGAAAUACAACUGCAAAGACUUAGAGUACCUCUUCAGGGGCCAUCCGAGCUUUGCAUGCUGAAGGCCGGUUAGAACUGGUUUAUGCACUGGAAACCCGACCGUACAAUCAGGUGUUUUCUUCUAGAAACGUUCAGAGUUAUGUUCUAGUUUCUAGGGAAUCCGCUUGACGGCUUCUGAACUCUUACACGGCGGAGUUCCUUUCAAGGUGAUCACAGACAGCAUGGCUGCAUGGGUCAUGAAGAACGAGAGAAUCGACGCCGUUCUCACAGGUUUUCUUCCCCUCUCAGGAGAAUACUCACGUUUUUUCUUGUCUCAGGAGCUGACAACGUGGCUUUGAACGGCGAUUCGGCUAAUAAGAUUGGCACUUACAUGUUGGCGGUUCUUUGCAAACAUCACGGCGUACCUUUCUACCCUGUUGUCAGUUUUUCGAUUGACUACAGUCUGUUCGAAAACACUUGUUGUUCAGUCCAAAGAAGCACGGAAAAAUUUCUGGGAAGUACUACUUUCGGUGUUAUUUUGGUCAUCCUAGAUCUAAACAAUUGCAGAAAUGCAUUUUGAGUUUUUAAAGUUAAGCAUUUUUGAAGACACAUUAAUAUUUAAAGUAUGAAAAUUUUUAGGUUUCGAAAAGAAAUAAAUAUUUUUCUGUAGAUCCCAUUCAUUAUUUUUUUUAAAACCUUACGACGACCAAUCAAGAAGGGCUUUAAAAAGUGAAUGUAAUAAAAAAAAGUUGCAUUCGAUAUUUUAAAAAAAAGCUUGGAUUUUCGAAGCAGAUCCACAUAAUCUAACACGGGGUUGCCUCGAGGCUUUUUUCAAAAGUUGUUCAUGUCUUUUUAUAACCAUUUCUUGAUGUUCUUAAGUCCAUUAGGCUCUUUCUGCAGUCACUGUUUUUCAACCUCUUUCAGAGCAUUUGAAACAUUACUUAAACAAAUAAAAACCAACUUAGCCUAAACCCAAAUGGCGCUGAACAAGUUGCGCCUUAAUGUUGAAAAAUAAUUGUAGGAAGAUUAACUAUUUUUUUGCUAUUUUUAACGGAUUUUCUAACGAAGAUGCGAAAAUGUAAAUCUUAAAGACAAAAAAAAACUGUACUGUAGGUUCCGAGGACGUCUAUCAAUCGGAGCCGAGAAACUGGCGACGGCAUUAUCAUUGAAGAACGGCCGUCGAACGAACUUCUUCAAAUCAAUGGUAGUUUCGAAAAAAAAAAGAACUUCCGGCAUAUAAUUGAACGUUUGAGGUCAAUUCAUUGGACCUGAGAAAACGCCAGUAUGGAACCCAGCCUUCGAUGUCACACCAGCAGAUCUCAUUACGAAGGUCCUCACCGACUUUGGCAAUUUCGAACCCAAAAGCUUGAAAGCCGCAGUAGAAACACUAGAUUCCUAUUAG